GUCCUUCAGUUAGUGGCGGCUGCCCGGGUGUGGCGCUGCAGGAUGGGAAGGGGCCAAUAGGCUGCGACCAUUGGAUGGCUCAGUCUGGGGACUCCAGGACGGUGGAGUUUGGAGGGCUCAGGCGCGGGAUGAUUUUCCCUAGUGGACCUUUGCUUGGCUUGGCUACUUACUAGGUCCAGGAAAACUGAUUUUCCUUGACCCAUGUGGGUGGGCUGGCUGAUUUGGGGAAUGCACUUGCAGGAGGUAUUCACACCCAUAUGUAGUCCCCUCCCACCUGUACCAGGAUUGGUCUGUGUGGCCAAUAUCAGGUGGCAGAAGUAAAGGUAUGUCACUUCUACACUUAUUUAUAAAAGACUGCAGCUUUUGGAUACCCUGUUUUCUCUGCUGCUUUUUCUUGACCCUCUUGCUCUGGGGAAAGUAAGCUGUCAUUUUGGGAGCAGCCCUCUGGAGAGGUCCAUGUGGCAAAGAACUGAAGCCUCUGGCCAAUCGUCAGCAAGACACUGAAUCCUGCCAACAACAUCAUUACUGAGUUUAUAAAGCAGCUUCGGUAGCCUCAGUAGAAGUUUGAGAUGACAGUAGUCUUGGCCAACAUUUUGACUACAACCUCAUGAGAGAUUCAGAACCAGAACUACCCAGCUAAACCACUCCCGGAUUUCUGGUCUUCAAGAACGGGCGCAAGAGCCAUCUCAAGGUGUUCCUGGACAAUCAGCCCAGUGGUGUGAUGAGACACAAGAUGAUGGGUGGAAGAGGUACCUUUGGAAAAAGACUCAGGUUCAAUUCCUGGCUCCUGUGUGCCUCUGGAGGCUGGAAAGCGAUGGCACUUCACCUCUCCUCUGCAAGGUGGGACCGGCCCUAAAGGAAGGAACCAGACCAGGUGUGGGCUGACUCUGUGGCUUUAAGAAAGCCCGAGGGCCGGAAGGCAGCCCUGGGAGAAGCCCCUUCCCGUGGGCAGUCGGAACCUUCUGGUGCAGACAAGAAGCCGUCCCCUCACCUGGACUUAUGACCCGUGGCUUCGCUCCCAGUCUGCCCACCGAAUUCCACAAGAUGGGCUCCUUCCGCAGGCCCCGGCCGCGCUUCAUGAGCUCCCCGGUGCUCAGCGAUCUGCCCCGAUUCCAAGCCACGCGGCAGGCUCUGCAGCUGAGCUCCAGCUCGGCCUGGAACAGCGUCCAGACUGCCGUGAUCAACGUCUUCAAAGGGGGUGGCUUGCAAAGCAACGAGCUCUAUGCAUUGAACGAAAACAUCAGGAGGCUGCUGAAGAGUGAACUUGGAUCAUUCAUUACAGACUAUUUCCAGAACCAGCUUCUUGCCAAAGGCCUGUUGUUUGUGGAGGAGAAGAUUAAGCUGUGCGAAGGUGAAAAUCGCAUUGAGGUUCUGGCUGAAGUGUGGGACCACUUCUUCACUGAGACUCUCCCCACCCUGCAGGCAAUAUUUUAUCCAGUUCAGGGCCAGGAGCUGACCAUCCGCCAGAUCUCCCUGCUGGGCUUCCGCGACCUGGUCCUGCUGAAGGUGAAGCUGGGUGACUUGCUGCUGCUGGCCCGGUCCCAGCCGCCCUCAUCCAUUGUCCAGAUGCUGCUCAUCCUACAGAGUGUUCACGAGCCCACAGGCCCCAGUGAGAGUUAUUUGCAGCUGGAGGAACUGGUGAAGCAAGUGGUGUCUCCGUUCCUCGGCAUCAGUGAGGACCGCGGCGUCUCGGGCCCCGUGUAUAUGUUGGCCAGACGCCACUCCAGGGUCCGGCCCAAGGUCGCUGUCCUGAACUACGCCUCGCCAACGAGCCCCGUCAGCCGGCCGCUGAACGAGAUGGCCCUGAGCCCUCUGACGGAGCAAGACGGGGAGGCCUACCUGGAGAAGUGCGGCAGCGUCCGGCGGCACACGGUGGCCAACGCCCACUCGGACAUCCAGCUGCUGGCCAUGGCCACCAGGAUGCACUCGGGCUUAGGCGAGGAGCCCGGCGGAGAGGACAGGUGCCUGCUUCUGCCGCCCAGCUUCUCCCCGCCCCACCGGCAGUGCUCCAGUGAGCCCAACAUCACCGACAGCCCUGACGAGCUGGAGGAGGUGAUGGGGGCCGGCCAGGAGGACUCCGAGCUGAACUGUGCCUCCCUCGGCUGAAUGCCCACCUCUCGGACUUCCCAGCUCCGGCCUGGCAACCAGCGCAAGGGCCGCUCCGUCCCCGGGGGCUCACCAAGGGGCUCUUCUUGUGGGCGACGCUGCCCGUGUCUUCUGGGUGCAGGCCCAGUCCAAGUGCCCGAGGGGAAAUCCCGGUUGUGAACCCUCCGUUUUUGUGACUGUGACCACCUCUUUGCAGCCACAUAGACCCAAUUGCCUAGUGUUCACUUUCUGCUUGCCUGACUCCAGACCCCCCUCUCUGGGCCUUUCCCCCAGACAGUGGACUGUGCGACGCUCCCAGGGCCCCUGGCCUUCCGAUAGCAGGAGGUCAGCUGAGCCACACACAAAGCCAGCAAGGGUGCGUCGGCCUCUGGAGUUCCCCGUUAGGUUCUUGUGAUGUGGGGCUCACAGGGGAGGAGAGGUAGUGGGGCGGUAUCUCCCCCCCAACCCCGCCACCCCCUGUCCUGUGGGGAGUGGAAGGAGGCAACAGCCUUACAAGCUCAACUCUAGGAGUGUGCCUUCCUUAUUGUCGCUUCACAAUUACUGGAAGGAGUUGCCCCCCUCGCACAUGGGUGAGGGCCAGUCUCACCUAUAUCCAGAUCCUACCUGCCACCUUUGCCUUUUGGCCCAGGAGGGCUGCAGGGCUGGGGGAGUCCCGUCUUUGACAGAGCCUCAGCCUUUCCCUCUCAGGCCUCCCCACCAAGCUCAAGGAACUAACCUCCCUGGUGGAGUAGCUGGUGCCUUCAUUCUGCUUUCAUUUCAGACACUGAUCAUUUUCCUGUUGCGGGUGAGGGGCCAGCUGAUAACCAACCCAUUAGUCUGUUCCUGGAUUUGACUUGAAUUUUUUAAAUGUGCACCGUUUCAAAAAAAAAAAAUUGUUUGCAAAUAUUUGCACGUAGGAUCCUGCACUGCUCAUUUCCAAUGGGGUAGGUCUUCAAAAUAGAAAAUAGUCCCCCCACCCCCACCCCCGGCUUAGGAACGCAGCCUGGAAGGGGACCCGUGGUGGGUAGAGCUCAUCGGCUGCAGAGCGCUGGAAGCCUCUGGUCCUGAAUCCAGAACGGCCUGUGUUUGUGAGUGUUUGUGUCUAUACCCGGAUAUAGCAAGUGGGAUGUCUCGGUGCUUCAUCCAGAGAGAGAUGGGGUUAGGUGGGGGCAGGGCCUUUUGGAGACAUGUUCAUUCCCUGUGGUUAAAGAAAUGCCAGAAGUGCCUGGAGUUUCUAACAGCUGAGCUCUCAAAGUGCUAUUUGGGUCAGCAGGCUUUGGUACUGUGCUGAAUCCUUAACACUGGUUCCCCCAGGUCUGGGCUUUUUAUCCACCUGCGAACCUUGUUCUCUUUGUAUCUUCUUGUUGGCCUCACUGAUAACAGCUCCAGAGACACGAGAAGGGUUUCCUGAACCUUCUGGCACCUUGUAGGUAUCCUGUUGGUCUUUGGAAACUGGUUAUGAAAUCUCAGAGCCAGGAGCCGGCUUGGCUUCCAAUAUGGCAGGAGGAGGCUGGGAGAGGAAGCUGCCAGCAGGGGAAGAGGCCUUCUAAGCACGUCGAAGCCUUGACGGUACAUCCCUUGUGGGUGAAGAUCUGGAACAUGACCAGAGUCAUGCUUUUGAUGGCUUGUAAUCUGGAAAGUUUGUUUAAAAAGUUGUCUCAUUUUUAUUCUUAUAAGAAUGGGUGGAAGAGAAAUGUCCAAAAGAGACGUUUGGAGAAUUUUGAACAAAGAAGAUUCUCUGUGUAUGUGUUGGAUAAAGUCCACAAAUUGACUAACGUGCAUUAGCGAAUAGAACAGCACUAAGUAACAACGUGAUUUAUUUAACUGAUGGUGUCUGUCCUUACUGGUACACUUAGCACUUGGGACUAGUAUUUAUUGAUCUAGGCAAAGUAAUUAAUCAUGUUGGGUUUGCUUUUUCAGUUUACAAUAGUAAUGAUCUAUAUGCUUUUAAAUGCCUUGUCCACAUACUAACUGCCCCUGAUGAGGCCAGCAGUCAUCGGUUACACAUGUCAGCUCUUAGGAUAAACACAGGAGUAUCAUUGCAGACCCAGUGUACUUAGCUGCUGAUGACUGUUAGCUAGUUUACAACUUCACCUUUGAUUUACCUGCCUGGUAUCGUACAGUACCUAUUUCCGACUGUACACACACAGUUUUGUUGAUGUGUCUGGGCAUUAGCCAUCCGACCUAUGGCAGGAGUGAUGGCUGCAGUGUUUACCACCCCUUUGUUGCCCCGUUAGAAGAUGAAGCUAGAAUCUUCCGGUGGCCGAGUUCUAAUGACAGGAAGCUGUCACCACUCCAAGCUCCGAGUGAGCUCACCACCAAAAGCCUUUCAUGUUUGUCUGUUUCCAAAAUAGAAGCCAAUAAACAUCAUUUUGUACACGUC